CAUGAUGAGUGAUGCAGUAAUGCACUUUGGUAUUUUGGAUAUCUGAAGUAUGUUAGCGUCAUACUAGAUCUUUUUCUGUUCCUUUCUUUAUGGAGCACCUUUUUGAUCUCCUUUCAACUAAAUAUGGCCCCAUCCAAAUUCAAAAAACCAACAAGGUGGCUGCUAAUACAGUGUCUAAAACCACUAGAUGAUGAUCUGUCUUUUAUAUACAGUUUGUGGCAGCUGUUCCCAAACUUAACAGCUUGCACACAUAAAAUUCAUCCUCCCAGCAGAGAUUAUUUAAAUACAGAUGAUUCAACCUCAUAGUCAGUGCAAAACCUAUUUACUGCAUACUCCUUUGGUAAGUUGUGUUUAUUUGCAGUAGUGCUGUUGCUCACGUUACCUGUGAAUGCUGAACACAAGGUUACGCAUGUUGGUUUUUACAGGAUAAACAGGUUUAUUACAGUCAAGUGUGUUGCUGUAGACAGACAUAACACAGAUGCCACAGAUGUUUGAGACAUCACUUUAAAACCUGCAAAAAUGAAAUUGAGCUUCAUUUUCCUCAACACCUGAGCAGAAAGGCUGAUGACACACACUGACCGGUUUCUGGGCUUGGACUUCUACAGAGGGAUCUAAAAACAGCAGACUAGAAGGAGUGCAGAAGUGCACAAGGAGACAACCUUGAAGAUAAAUCAAAUUUUAAAAAGCUGAUCAUGGACUACGCUGAACGUAUCUUGUCGCUUACCACAACCAUCAAAAAGAUGGUUGACACUAUGAAGUCCAAUAAGGAGUGCUGCAGUCGGAUUGCAGACAGAGUCCAAGCUGUUGAAGGGCUGGUUUUAAACAUCAGACAGAGUGAUCCAAGCCAAAUCUCUGAUACUGUUGAUGGAGCUCUGAGGGAACUCUACGUCAUCUUGAAUUCUGCCAAGGAUCUGAUGGCAAAAUUCUCUCAAACUAAGUCUGUUAAGGGUUUCUUUAAGUCUGGCAGCAUUGAGGAAAAGUUCAGCGAGGUGAACCAAAGGCUCACAGAGAACUUCCAGGUCCUUUCUGGUGCUCUGCAGAUUGAGCACACCACCAUGCUGCAAAAGGUGUAUAAAGCUGUUUCGAGACAAAAUACUGAGGAAGAGGUUUGCAGUAUGAUGGCUAAUACUGGUCUCACAACCCCUAUGUUUCCCCCUGCCCCGGUGUCAAGUCCUACAGUUCCUAUGCUUCCCUUUGCCCCGAUGUCAAGUCCUACAGUUCCUAUGCCUCAGCCUGCACAAAUGUCAAGUUCUUCAGUUCCUAUGUUUCAGCCUGCUCCAGUGUCACACCCCCAACAUCCUCAGCUUCCUCCUACACCUAUUUCUAGCCCUACAGGUCCUAUAUUUACAUCCAUACCAAUGUCUAACCCUACAGCUGCCAUGCCGGUCACUUACGUUAUGUCCCCUACACCUUAUGUGACACAGCCUGUCUACAAUACUACAACAUCCCGCUUUAUCGUCACCAACAACAUAGCCUCCAGACCUGUCAUGCAAGCCAUUUCUCAGGGGUCAGUCACUGGCAUCAGAACUCUUGCUCCAAUCACUCUUCCAGCCCAAACCAUGCCCAUUGUGUCAGCUUAUGUGGUCAAGAAUGCUUUUUUACGUUAAAACAAGACAAACGUUUUGCUAAUGGAAUUUGCUUACAUUGAAUACAGUUAAGAUACUGCUUUCAAGAGUGCAGUCAGGCUCAACAUCUUGCUCAUCUUCACAUCAACCACAUGUUUCCUGGUUGGCUGCCCUUGUGAACACAAAGUUUGUGUAGCUGGCAGCCGGGGCUUCUGUGCCUGACAUGAACAUAUUAUGUUUUUUAUAUUAUGGUUAUUCUCUCUCACUGGUAUCCUACGCAGCAAAGAAUAGAAAAAAAAACUGUGUGAAACUGAGUGUUUAAUUGAGCUUUGUACUUACAGGGAUUACUUGUACAUACCCAGAUCAACAUUUGAAAGUUUGGACAUGUUUGAAAUGAACAUCCACCAUUGGUACAGGAUAUAUAACAGAAAACCUGCACGCUCUUUGGACACAGCUUGUUAAUUAAGCUAGCUAGCAUGAGGUGAUUAUUGUGCCCUCCACCCUCUCAUUCACUGGAUCAUCCAGUGGUCACAUCUGACUGCAAAAAACAAAUAUACAAGCAGCCCAAAUACAAUCACUGAGGCUCUAGCUGACAUCAUGGUGUCCACAUCCUUCGUUUAUAUACAGUCUAUGGUUACAACUUAAUCCGAUUAUUUUAUAUGGCCUUGUGUAUUUUUAUGAUGUAUUUUGAGAUAUUCAGGAAGACUAGUAGCAACUACAUAAUAAACAAAGAUUACUGACUUUUUGGGGAAAAUAUCUUCUUGGAUUUUGGAAAAAAAAAAUCACUUCUGUAGUCUCUCCUGGAAGGUCUUCAGCGUGUAGCAUAGUUAUGCUUGGUGACUGGGUUUCACCAACUGGUGACAUCCUACCCUCUUUGUUUGAAAUUUUUCACUAUUGACUCAGUCACUGCCAUUGACGA